CCCCCCCAAGACAAUCAUUGAUUAAUUUAGUUACAAUCAUUUGCACUCAUUUUACUUUCUCUUUUAUUUUUUCCCCCUCUUUUCCUUUUUCUUUCUAACUUGAACGAAGCUUCAAGUGGCCAUGUCACAAAGUUUCGAUUUACCACCAAAUCAACCUCCAGCAAACAAUAAUGAUAAUGAUAUCAGAUCAAUCCCUCAGACGAGUACAAAUCAAUUCAAACCACCACGUAUAUUAGAUUAUGGACCAUUUCAAGGCCAAGAGGGAGAUACGUUUCAUAUUAAUUUUACAUUACAACAAAGCUUGGACCCUUCCUAUGCACUCAGAAUAGCUUUUGAUUCUUGUUUCACAACGUGUCAUUUUUCAGUCAAUCCGGUUACUCAAGUUGUCACCCUUCAUACAACAGUGCCAAACUCAAAUGUACUUACUUGCACUGAUCUCUCACGAGUGCCUGUCUAUCUUAUUGUUAUGCAACAGGAAGAUCAAAAGAUUAUUGAUAGUUGGCUUGUUGGCUAUUUUUCAUACUAUUCAAGAAAACGAGCAUCUACAGAAUAUGGACAGGUAGGUAGUGCUGGACUUAAUGAAGAAACAAAGCGCUCUAGAUCAGAUCACUUGCAACAACCAUCCUAUACGAUUGCACCUAGCUAUUCUUCAUCGUCAUCCAACACAGGCUAUUAUGGACUUCAGCAUGCUCCAUACGUAGGUUUGCCUCCUACACAACCAUCGCCUAGACAGCGAGAAUAUUUUGAAGACCCUACUUUAUUAAGCUAUUAUCGAUCAAAUGAUCCUACAAGUAAUUUCGAAUCACCUUAUGGUGAUACAGCGUCUAGCUUCAUGGGUGCAAGCGGAAGCGCGGCCCCCAUGUUGGCUACGCAGACUCAGCCUUCAGUACCUCCCACACAACCUCAAAGCACACCUCAAGAAGCCUAUAACUUGAUGCCAAUCUUAGACACUGCUUCCAUAUCGCAGCAACAUCCGCCUUCCUUGCCAUCUUCUUCUACCCUUCUUCCAUCACCUACUUCUAAUCUACAAAUGAAACCUAUUCAACCACCAUUAUCUUCGUCUUCAAGCGAACCUUAUCCUUCUUCUAUUUCACCUACAUCGACUGGCGCCAAUCCUUUUGCUAAUCUUUUGAACAAAGCCAAUCUUCGUAUUGAAGGCAAUCUAGAAGACAUGCUCAAAUACUGGACAGCUGAGGAAUGGGAAAACCAACGUCGUCUUGUUCAAUUCUGGCGAAGACAAGAAGGUAAUGAAGUGACUUGUAAGUUUGAUAAGUUUACACUUCCCCUUGAAAAAUCCAAGCAGCCUGAUAUGAACAAGAUCAUCGUUGUCUCUUGCAUCUAUUGGAAAGAAAAAGAUGAUUACUUUAUCACUUCAGUGGAUUGUAUCUAUCUUUUGGAAAACUUGAUUGGUGUCAAAUUUACAGUGGAAGAAAAGAACAGGAUUCGAAGAAAUCUAGAGGGUUAUAGACCAUUGACAGUGAGCAAGAUGAAGCCUGAGUCUGCUGAUUUCUUCAAGUUAAUUAUGGGGUUUCCUAACCCGAAGCCAAGGAAUAUUGAAAAGGAUGUCAAGGUGUUUCCCUGGACAACCUUGGGUGUCGCCCUGAAAAAGAUUAUCAGUAAAUAUACGGCAAGCUACAGUAGUACAGCUAGUGUCAAUUACGAUGUCUUAAGUUCUACUACAGCAAGUGGCGAAUACAGUCAACAGCAACAAUAAUAUUAAUAUGUACAUCAUUUACUUUAUAAUAUUCUAAUAUUUAAUUAAUAAUAACUAUGAUACAAUGAAGAAAGAUAUUUACAG